AUGUCGGUUGUACCUCCCAACCGACCUUCAACUGGUUGGCCACGCCGUGGACUGAACCAGUUCGAAAACAAAUACAUCAGCCCGCCUUCCAAACCUCUCACGCUGGAGAAAACCAUCAACUUAUAUCCCCUCACGAAUUACACGUUUGGUACAAAGGAACCUCUCUACGAGAAGGAUAGCUCGGUGGCGGCUCGGUUCCAGAGGAUGCGCGAGGAGUUCGAAAAAAUAGGCAUGAGGCGGGCAGUGGAGGGUGUUCUGAUCGUACACGAGCACAGGCUACCACACGUUCUACUACUGCAGUUGGGGACAACCUUUUUCAAACUUCCUGGUGGAGAAUUGAAUGCAGGGGAGGACGAAGUGGAAGGACUGAAGCGAUUGAUGACAGAGAUCCUGGGGCGGCAGGAUGGAGUGAAGCAGGACUGGGUGAUCGAUGACUCUAUUGGAAACUGGUGGAGACCCAACUUUGAGCCCCCACAGUACCCCUACAUCCCAGCACACAUUACCAAACCCAAAGAGCACAAGAAGCUCUUCUUGGUUCAGUUGCAGGAAAAAGCACUGUUUGCAGUGCCCAAGAACUAUGGGCACUAUGGGAAGCUGGUGGCUGCCCCUCUGUUUGAGCUGUAUGACAAUGCCCCAGGCUACGGGCCAAUCAUAUCCAGUCUCCCACAACUGCUGAGUAGGUUCAACUUCAUAUACAAUUAA